AAAAGAAUCCCACCGAGAAGAAAAUAUCUUCCUCGAACCCUAACUUUUGUUUUCCAGGAAAAUGGUGGGAUACUUUGUUGGGAUGCAGAGAAUCACACACGUAAAUUGAAGAUUGUCAAAUCAUCCGGAAUCCUUUGAUCAACCCAUCUUCUUGUGUUUUCGAUUCGAUCUCUUAAUCUUGUAAUUUUGCUGGAAAUUCCUGUCUGAAACUCCACGAGUGAUAGAAUUCGCGACGGUGCUAAGCUCCAUGGACGCCGAACUAAACUCACCGCCGCAGGAUGGUGGUGAUUCCUCGGCCGCUUUUCGAAAGCAAUCCAACGACGGGUCUAGCAGAAAGUAUCGUCGCCGAGCUUUGGCUGACGAUGGAUCAUCUUCAUCUGAUGGAAGUCCUGAACGUAAUCAGAGCCCUAAUUCAAAGCACUCUAGAGGAGAUAUUAGGAAAAAUUCUGAACCAGGUUUUGCGAGGGAAAACGAUAGACGGGAUACUGAACGCAGUCGCUACGGUAGAGGCGGUGUUGAUUCACAUAGACAUGAUAGGCACUCUAGAGAUGAUAACUACAGAUCUAAGCGCGAUGAGUACAAGAGACGUGAGAGAGAUGCACCUCGAUCUAGCCGCGAUUCAAAGGGUGGGCAUCAUUUUGACCAUAGAAGAGGAGAGACUGAGCAUAGCAGGUCAAGAAAUGAUUCUGACAGACAUUCUCGUGAUAAGUAUAGCAACUCUGGACAUAGAAUCAAUAGUAACGAAAAAGGUGAAGAUUUGUCAUCUGAUAGAGCGGUAUCUGGUAGGAGACACGCAGACUCUGGAGUGGAGGAUAAAGAGAAGGAUUAUGUGAAAAGAGGUUCCCGCUGGAGUUUUGGUGACCGCAAAUCCCGUGAUGAAAAGGAACACGAGGACCCUGAGAUUGACAAGGAGAAGGAUGUUCAUGUCAAAUCCCCAAGAAACCGUUCGGAUGGUAAUUUUGCAACUGAGAAUAGAGAUACACAUUCUAAGAAACUGAAGGGUUUCAUUUCAGAGAAGUUUACCCGUGGCAAUACUAAUGCAGAAGAGAAACAGACAUCAAGCUUAAAGACGCCAGCCAUCGGUGCUGGGAAUCAAGGCGUGACACUGCAAUCUCAUCCAAAAGAGGCGGAAGUUUCUGGUGAUGUUAAUGCUGCAAAAGUUGCAGCUAUGCAGGCAGCUGAAUUAGUGAAUAAAAACCUUGUUGGAACGGGUUACCUGACCACAGAUCAGAAGAAGAAGUUAUUGUGGGGAAAGAAGAAAAGCACGGCUACAGAAGAGAACCAGCCUGCUCAUCGUUGGGAUAGUGCACUAAUUGGUGACCGGGAACGACAAGAAAAGUUCAACAAACUCAUGAGUCUGAGGUUGCGUUGGUGCAUCAUUGUAGGGUGUGAAAGGGAGUAUGGUAAAUCAAGAGCAGAACCCGAACGAAGUCCAAGUCGAGAAGCAGAAAGAGUUGCAAAUGGACCUAGAGAAGCAGUACACAGCAGGGUUAAGGAGGAGAGACGGACGCACUGUAGGGUUAGGUCUUUGAACCUCUUUGGUAAACUAUUCUCAAACUCUUCUUGUCUCCUUCUCUAUCUAAGGGCCUUGGUGGCAUCUCCUUUUUGUACUCAUACCAAAGCCCUUGAUAACGAUUAACUCCAGGUUUGUAAUAAUUAUGUUUAGUAAACCAUGUUUUGAGACCACUUGA